CAUGCUAAACGACUUUGAUGUCAGAGCUCCCAUCAGCCCUCUACACCUCGCUGCGUACCACGGCCACCACCAUGCUAUGGAGGUCCUGGUUCAGUCUCUGCUGGAUCUAGACGUGAGGUACCUGUCUGCCUUAAAAAGCCAUGUGGAGUGUGUUGACGUCCUCAUCAACCAGGGAGCCUCCAUCCUGGUUAAAGACUUCACCCUGAAGAGGACCCCCAUUCACGCUGCAGCAACCAACGGUCAUUCGGAGUGUUUGCGUUUGCUGAUUGGAAAUGCUGACCUCCAGAGUGCAGUGGACGUUCAAGACGGGAAUAGACAAACCCCUCUGAUGCUGUCGGUGCUGAGCGGACACACAGACUGUGUGUACUCACUGCUCAACAAGGGAGCCAGAGACAAAUGGCACAGAACAGCUCUACACAGAAGGGUAGUGAGGAGACGUCCGGACACAUCGUGGUGCUGCGGUGGCUCCUACACACCGCCCAGUCAGUGUGGACCCUCCCCGUCAUCACAGACAACCAGGGCUACACGCCAAUACAUUGGGCCUGCUACAACGGUACGUACUGGACAGAGGGACAGCGAAGUGAGCCCGAGGCCACAAACAAAUACACACAUAAAUAUAGCGUGUCUUAAAUCACCACAGCCAGCUUCGGGAGGGCACGAACCGAGACAGUCCGCACAGGAGCCUUAAAAGUCCCUCAGACUGAGAGAGAGAGAAAAGGGGGGAGGGAGAGGGGGAGGCACAACAGGCUGGCUGGCCCACACUCAUCCUCUCGUACCACCAGGUGUCCUUCCAGCAGAUACUGGACUUCAGAGGAACUGCUGCUUCUAUACCCCAUCUUUACCUUUACCCACAAAGGUCCUAAACGGUAGAAAGUGUCCGGCCAACAGACAGACGCCUUAUGAUGGCAAUAACCUGUAGUCCAAGGGGAUUUUAGCACCUCACUGAGAGCAAAACAGACAGGGACCAAAAGAUGUGGAAAAAGCAUUUUUCAUGAGAGUGAUUGUCUUGUUUAUCCGCACACUAAGACAGUCAGAACGCACCUAGCCUCUUGUCUGUAAUCCAUGUGGGAGGAGGGGAAAUCAUACAUUUUUUAUGAACAAACAUUUUAAUAAAAUCAUUCAUGUCUUAAGCUCUGUGGGAAUCAACAAAUCGUAGUAUUUGCUCUCAUGAGUAAUUGUAAAGAUUUGAUGAUCCCAAAUGGAACCCUAUUCCCUAUACUGAAUAGUAAACUACUGUUGAACAGGGCCCAUAGUGGUCUGGUCAAAAGCAGUGCACUCUAAAGGAAAUAGGGUGCCAUUUGGGAUGCUGGUUUUGCAUACCGGUAUGUGAGCAACAGGACUUUUUGAUGGGACAUAUUACAUUUGUGUUAUUAAACCUACCUGUCCUUUGGCCUCUAGAAAGUAUUUUAGAAAGUAAAUGAUUAAUUCAUGUAUUCUUUCUUGUGAUAUUUAUGUCAUCAUUUUGUGCCUUCGUUAGUUACUAAGGGGUGGUUAGGAGAGUAGGGGCAACUGUAUGAGCGAAAACAAUGAUGCACACUAAGUACUACAACGUUUGUGAAAAGCACUGAUACUAUCCCGAGGCAUGUGAGGUGGAAAACAUGUCUCCCUUGGAGAGGAGAAACACUGUAAACCAAUGGUAGAACA